UCAAAACUAACUUGAAAAGCGAAACACUGAAAGGUAAAAAAACAAAAGUAAAAGCAAGCUCUCAUUAGCUCAACUCAGCUGUGGAAAGAAAGCAAUCAAUUACUUUGUAGCUUGCGACCAUAAAGUGUAUUCUGCUGAAGCUGCUGGAGAUCAUCCCCGAUCGAAGUCUGAUUUCGUGAGACAUUUUGCAUGGGUUGACUUCUGUUUCUCUGUGGGUUUCCUGUGUCGACGACCGAUUGCACUGCACUGAGUAUUUUAGGACUGUCGUUGUGUGUAAUUGGAGCAUCUCGCCAUGCCUAAGAAGAAGUCCGGAGCUCGUAAGAAGGCCGAGAAGCGAGCCGUGAGACAGAAAGCUAUGCGUCAGGUCGAAAAAGACAUCGGCUUGAUGCCAUGCAAUUCAUCCAUGGAGUGUGAAAAGUGCAACAACAGGCAGAAGAAUCGGGCUAUAUGUUACUUUUGCAAUUCCGUGAAUAAACUACCAGUAUGUGGUCACUGUGGCAAACAAAAAUGCAUGGGUGGUGACUGUGUUGUAAAGCACACCAGCUUCGCAACUGGCCUGGCUAUGGCUGGAGCUAUCUGCGACUUUUGUGAGACGUUCAUCUGCCACAGCCGCAAAUGUCUCUCCACACAUGCCUGCCAGUGCCCCCUGACAGAUGCUGUGUGCUUUGAGUGUGAGCGGGGUGUUUGGGAGCAGGGCGGCCGCUACUUCAAGUGCUCCUUUUGCCGAGUGUUUGUUUGCGAGGAUGACCAGUUUGAGCACCAAGCAAGCUGCCAGAAACUCGACGCAGAGAACUAUAAGUGUGCGUCCUGCAAUCGACUUGGACAGUACAGCUGCCUGCGUUGCAAGGUGGCAUAUUGUGAGGAUCAUGUGCGUCGAAAAGGCGUCAAGUAUGCACGCGGUGCCGCACUGCCGUGUCCCAAAUGUGGCCAGGACACUCAGGAGACGAAGGACUUGAGCAUGUCGACACGAACACACGAGUUUGGACGUCAGCGUGGGGGCGAUGAAGACGGUGGCACGCAGUACUACUACAGCGACGCGUAUGCGAAAGCAAUGGAAGGUGGAGGUGCAAGUGGAGGUGGUGGGUAUGACGGCGGUGGUGCAGGCUAUGAGUAUGCGGAUGACGAUGAUUACGAGUAUGAUGAAGAUGAUGAUGAGGAUGAUGACGAGGAGGAGGACGAUGAGGAUGAGGAUGAGGCAGAUGCUGAGGAAAAAUCAGUACUGGCAUCCAUGGCAAAAGUUAAGAUGUGAAGCAUGCAAGCUUUACCCUAUGGGUUGACAUGUACUACUCCCACUGUAUACUACAAUGGACCUAUGACUACCGUCGUCUGACAAUGAGAAUCUCAGACCAACUGCAACUAUAGUACUGGGUGUUUGAUGGCAGCGCUCUGGUCUGCACCUGUGUUGGGAGAUCUGUCACAGUUUCAAUACCCGGUCGUGGUGCCCUCGUCUAAGAGAGAGGUCAACCUCUCCUUGCAGCAAGCCGUGGUCAACUCUAGUCUCCAUUCAGCACAGCACCAGAAGAGCAUGGCUCAAGAGUACAGAACAAGUUCACGCCAUUAUACUCUUGCUGUGAUCAUGUCGCAUAGCGACACUAGCCACGGUGAUAUCAAACACUCAUGUGUUUGUCUUUAACUUUGUGAUAUCCGUCCUUUGUUUUAAAUUUCUGAACCCCAGUUUCAUGACACGCACCCUCUCAUCCAUGAAAAAAUAACUUGUAACGACUUACGUUAUGUAUAUGGCUUUGCCUGGUGUGUGACUCAUCCACCUCGCAGGCCAUUCGCCGUGGUUUGAUAUUUCAGAGACUUACUCAUAUUUCUCCAUGAUACUUUCUUGAUAAAGCCAUUCAACAGAA